GGCUGGAGGGAUACCAGAUGAUUUUUGCAGUGUUGGGACUGAGAGGGUUUUGUUUAUGAAUUUGGCAAGUUUCUCUUAUUAUUCAGGCAUGUGCACCAUGACUGCAGAUUCCCAGCAAUCACCCACUGAAGCUACUGGCCCCAUACCAAGCUCCCCCAGUAUGGACUCCACUGGCUCCAUCAGAGUCAAAUGUGAACCCAAGGGGAGCUGCAGCCCAGAGGAGGGUAUGAAUAAUGGAAUGCCAGAAGAACACUGCCAGGCCUCUGGGGGCAGGAGGAGAAAACGUCCAGUUCAGCGGGGAAAGCCACCCUACAGCUAUAUUGCCCUCAUUGCAAUGGCCAUAGCCAAUUCCCCUGAAAGUAAGCUGACACUAGGGGGCAUUUACAAAUUUAUCAUGGAAAGGUUCCCCUUCUAUAGGGAGAACUCCAAGAAAUGGCAGAACUCCAUCCGCCACAACCUAACGCUUAAUGACUGCUUUGUAAAGAUCCCCAGGGAACCUGGGCACCCGGGCAAAGGCAACUACUGGACUCUGGAUCCUGCAGCUGAGGAUAUGUUUGAUAAUGGCAGUUUCCUCAGAAGAAGAAAGAGAUUUAAGAGGACAGAUAUCAGUACCUACCCUGGGUAUAUGCAGAAUAGCAGUGCCUUCACCCCCACCCCAGCUGGAAGGGCAUCAUACCCCAGCAGCAUAUACUCUAGCGUUGGCUCUGGAUAUAACCCUCAGAUACAUCAGACUCACCACCCAGCUAUGGUACAUCCCUACCAGUCUCCAGGUGGAGCUGGGCAAGGACAGCACAGGAUGUUCAGUAUAGACAGUUUAAUCAACCAACAGUCUGUGAUGCAACCAUCCCCUGGUACAGAGCUUACUCACCAUUCCAUGAAUGGAGAACUUGGGAACAUGACCAGCAGUUGUUCUGUAGGAGAUCUUUCCUGUUUUCAGACUCAGGCAAUCAGCCCCACAGGGGUAGGUUCAUUGUUAAAUCGGCCUUCAAAUGCUGUGUCUUGCAAUCUAACAUAUUCUUAUUCCUCAUCCCCACCUCACUUGCCAGUGUCCCCUACCAGCUAUUCUCCCAAUAACUCACAGAUAUAUGGCUCUGCUAGCAGGCUGGCUAUGAGAUCUGGAUCUUGUGUAGAUCACACAGACCAGCUCCUGUCUUUGCCCGGGACUCAAAUGAAUGGGGUUUGUCAGUAUAACAACAGUUCCUACAUGAUACAAACACAUUUUGCUUCUGGAUAUAUGUAAGUGUCAGAGAUGAUUUAUUGGGGAGAUUUUACAUAAACACAAAGUCGCUCUUCUAUGACUUUACUUGUGUUACUAUCACAGGUCACACAUCAUACAAUGCACAAUUCCUUGAUUUUUUGUUUUUACUCAUGUUGUGUUGUUAUUUAAAAGUUGAAAAUAUUUACAACAGCCCAUUUCUGUGCAUUAUCAUGUCAAAAGGCUGUUACAAAAAAUAAAUCUUGCUAAUAGAAGUAAUCAUUAUUUUACCGGUUUAUCUAUAUUCAUAUGUCUGACAUCAAUGUCCUUCAUUUGUAGGCAAUUGUCUUAUAUUUCUCUAUUUAAUGUACAUAUGUGCUAACAUACUAUUACUUAUAUGUAAAGCUAUGUUUUUUAAUAAAUCAUGUUUUUAACUCUU